UAAAGAUAUGGUAAAGUUCGUCGGCGCAGAAAUAAGAGUAAAAUAAAGAAAGAAUAUCAAUAUAAGUAAAAAUAAGCCGACGACAGGUGUUACGGUGUUACAAUUUAGCCGACAACUUAUUUACGCGCCAAAGACAAAGUCCGAGCGCUGAAAUUUUGUAGUUUUUAUUUUGUUUUGAUAUGAAAGAGCUCUGACGACGUUGCUGGCUCGCUCUCACAUAUCGUCGAAAAAUUCUUGAAUUUCAAUUGUGUCUAUGCGACUUUGCCCUUGAGCAUGUUUAAGGAGUUUCAGAUAUUGUAGGGUUGGCUAAUCCAGUAAAUCGUCACAUUUUGAAGGUGAAAGAGUAGUGUUUAGUGUAUGAAAUUCUCUUUUUGCAGAUAAACCAAAGGAAUAUCAAUAAAAAUGCCGAGCAUUAAUUUGAAUAUUAAACCCAAUGAAGUUAAACGAGAAGAAUUUCGAAAGUACUUGGAACAUGCUGGUGUUAUGGAAGCUUUAACCAAUGUUUUAGUGGCAUUAUAUGAAGAGCGUUUAGAAUAUAUUCGAGACUUUCUUACAGUUGAUGAUUUUAAUAAGAGACAGGUUGCAGCCGAGGCUGAGAUUUUAAAGAAACAGUUAGCUGAAGCAAAAUCGCAAAUUGCAGAAAUGAAAGAGAAACUUCAAAAAUAUGAGUCAGAAAAUGCAGCUUAAUUGAACAAGUUAUGAAAUAACGUGAUUCUGGACUAGUCG